AUGGGUAAAAAUAAUAUCUCUAAAAGGAUACAUCAAAAUAAUACAUUCAAUAUGAAAGUGAAUAAAAAACAUCACAUAGACAACGAGUGUAUUUUUAAUAAUUGCACUCCUCUUUCUACACCUAGAAGUAUAUCAUAUAUUAUGAAUUCUAAUGAAUGUUAUGAUUAUAAAAGAAAUAAAAUUGAAUAUAUAAGUUCUUUAAAAAAUUGUCCGAAACAAUAUAAUAAUAUAUUUAAAAAUAGUGAUAUUAUUUGUAAUAUAUUAUCAUUUUUAUCAUUUUCAGAAAGAUGGAAAUUUAGAUUAUUAAAUAAAUCUUUUUAUCAAGCAUUUCAUACAAAAUAUGCAUGGGCAAAUAUUGAUUUCCGUUUCUUUAAUGUUGAUUUAUUUAAUUUUAUUAAAAAAUAUAAUAAACUUUUUUUAAAUACAUUCUCUUUAUCUAUGUCUAUUACUGGAGAUCAAAGUGUAGAAAUGAUCAUGAAUUUUAUUUUUAAACAUUUUAAUAAACUAAAAGAUUUAAGAUUAUACUUCAGAAAAAAAAAUGCAAACUUUAUAUAUGAAGGUGUACAUCCUAUAGUAUCGAAUUUAUUAAAUUGUAAAUAUUUGAAGAAUAAUAAUAAUAAUAAUAAUAAUAAUAAUAAUAGUAAUAGGAGAGAAAUGCAUAAAAGAAAAAAAAAAAAUUCUCUCUAUCAAAAAAAACAAGCCCUUACCACCACAAACAACAAAAACAACAAAAACAACAACAGCAACAACAACAACAAUAAUAAUAAUAAUAAUAAUAAUAAUAAUAAUAAUAAUGAUAACCAUAUUAAUUGUACUCAUGCUAAUCAUAAUAAUAACUACGGAAAUAAUUAUAAUGGAUGUAAUGAUGCUAAUCAUAAUAAUAACUACGGAAAUAAUUAUAAUGAAUGUAAUGAUGCUAAUCAUAAUAAUAACUACGGAAAUAAUUAUAAUGAAUGUAAUGAUGCUAAUCAUAAUAAUAACUACGGAAAUAAUUAUAAUGGAUGUAAUGAUGCUAAUGAACACUGUAGGCAGAAGGAAAACCUUCAAACGUCUAAUUUUUCUCCUGAAAUACAUAUAGGAGAAGAAAAUUCAUCAAACAUAUUAAGACAUGCAAAAAAAAAAAAUAAAAAUAAACAAAUUGAUACAUCCCCCACAAAAAAAGAAAAAAAUAUAGAACACAUACAUAAUACUUAUAAUUCGUACUUGGAUAGUGUUAAUCAUUACAAUGAUAUUCAUAAUAAUCUCCGGGAUGAUAACUUUAACAAUAUUGAGAAUUCAAAUACACCAACACAUAGUUCCUCAGAAAAACAAUGCACUCCAUAUUCUUAUGAACAUAUUGAUUGUAAUUUCGAAUUGAAUGAUCUUCUUUUACAAAAUAAUCAUUAUCAAAAAUAUUUAGAAAAAAAAAACAAAGAGAAAAAAAAUGAAAUUGUAGAAAAGUAUCUUCAUAUUAUACAAAGCAAAAAAAUCUGGGCAUCAAAACGUUUGAAUAUAUCCAAUAAUUUUGAAUAUUUAGAAAGACUUAUUAUUGAUGUAGAAUUAAAAGGAGAAGAACUUUUAUGUUUUGUAGGCAAAUUCAAUAAUUUAAAAGAUAUUAUCAUCAGCAAACUUGUAUAUUCUAAUAAAUUAAAUAGAUCCCAAAGUAUUAUCAUAUUUACUUCUUUUAUAGAAAAAAUGAAACGAAAUAAUAUCAGACUUAUACAACUAGGUUUAUAUUUUAGAAUGGAACAUAAACCUAUCGAUUAUUUAAAUAAUGAAAAAUUCAGAAAAAUAUUAAACGAAAGAAAAGAAUAUGUAUACGAUAUUAAUAAAGAGGAAGGGGAUGAACUUAUUUACAUCUUACAAAAAAAUCACUUAAAUUCUUUGUAUUGUCUAUGGAGUAAUGAUUUGUUCAUAUCUUUUGAAAUGUAUGAACAGAUCAAAAAGUUCAACAAUUUAAAAAUAUGGAUACUCCCAGGAUGGCGUGCCUUAUCACUAGCAAAACAGUAA